CCCCUCACCCACCCUCUCCAGCCAUGGAUGACAUUUAUAAGGCAGCGGUUGAGCAGCUGACAGAAGAGCAAAAAAAUGAGUUCAAGGCUGCCUUUGACAUCUUCGUGCUGGGGGCAGAAGAUGGUUGCAUCAGCACCAAGGAGCUGGGGAAGGUGAUGCGGAUGCUGGGGCAGAACCCCACCCCUGAGGAGCUGCAGGAGAUGAUAGACGAAGUGGAUGAGGAUGGCAGCGGCACUGUAGACUUUGAUGAGUUCCUUGUUAUGAUGGUCCGGUGUAUGAAAGAUGACAGCAAAGGAAAAACCGAAGAGGAACUCUCAGAUCUCUUCAGGAUGUUUGAUAAAAACGCUGAUGGCUACAUCGACCUUGAGGAGCUGAAAAUCAUGCUGCAGGCGACGGGAGAGACCAUCACUGAGGACGACAUCGAAGAACUGAUGAAAGACGGGGAUAAAAACAACGAUGGCAGGAUUGACUAUGAUGAGUUCCUGGAGUUUAUGAAGGGAGUUGAAUAAAUCUGAGGACAGAUUGACAGACCGAAUUUCCUAAACCCCUCCAGCUCUGCAUCUCAUCUCCUUGGCUAAGUCCCCUUGCUACCAGCAUGAAGACGGAGUGCUGAGAAGGGUGGCCGCUGGGAAAAUAAAACGCGUU